UCAAACGUCUGCGCCGACGUUUACCACGUGGGGACGUUUCUGCAGCGGUAGCAAAACAUCCGCAGUGACGCUCUCCUGUCUGUCAGUGAGCACGAAAAAAACUUUUAAAAGAGUCUCCAGAAAGAGCCGCGAAGCUUUCGCCAUCAGAGUCACUUUCUCCAGACCAUGCCCCACGACCCCGACCCUCCUCCGGCUAAAAGAUUCAAGCCGGGGUCCGUUUUUUUCCGUCUCGACAGGAAUAAGCCUGGAAUGCUGCUGCCUAGAAAGGGGAAUGCAACCACUCCAAUAGACGUCCAGAGGAAACAGCUUCCGAUCUACCAGGCGAAAGCUCAGCUACUGAACCAACUGAGACAGCUUCACACUGCCAUUCUGAUAGGGGAGACUGGCUCUGGGAAGACCACUCAGAUCCCCCAGUAUCUGUAUGAGGCCGGCAUCGGACGACAGGGCAUCGUCGCCAUCACUCAGCCCCGUCGAGUUGCUGCUAUCUCACUGGCAGGAAGGGUGGCAGAGGAGAAGAGGACACAGCUCGGCAAGCUGGUCGGAUACACGGUGCGUUUUGAGGAUGUGACCUCCUCUGAAACAAAGCUGAAGUUCAUGACAGAUGGCAUGCUCCUGCGCGAGGCCAUCGGAGACCCCUUACUGCUGCGCUACACUGUGGUGGUCCUGGAUGAAGCUCACGAGCGCACCGUGCACACUGAUGUGCUGUUCGGCGUGGUUAAGACUGCUCAACGCAGGCGCAGAGAACUUAAUAAGAUUCCCCUGAAGGUCAUAGUGAUGUCAGCCACCAUGGAUGUGGAUUUGUUCUCUGAGUACUUCAACAAGUCCCCUGUACUCUACCUGGAGGGCAGACAGCAUCCCAUUCAGAUCUACUACACCAAGCAGGCCCAGUCAGACUAUCUGCAGGCCGCACUCGUCUCCAUCUUCCAGAUCCAUCAGGAGGCACCUCCGUCCCACGACAUCUUAGUGUUCAUGACGGGUCAGGAGGAAAUCGAGGCUCUGGCGCGGACGUGCCGGGACAUCGCUAAGCAUCUCCCUGACGGCUGUGGCCCCAUGGUUGUUAUCCCUUUGUACGCGUCUCUGCCCCCAGCACAGCAGCUCAGGGUCUUCCAGCCAGCUCCCAAGGGAUGUAGGAAAGUCAUCCUCUCAACCAACAUCGCCGAGACGUCAGUUACAAUAUCUGGGAUCAAAUACGUCAUAGACACAGGGAUGGUGAAGGCCAAACGUUUCAAUCCAGACAGCGGGCUGGAGGUGCUGGCGGUGCAGCGGGUCUCUAAAGCCCAGGCGUGGCAGCGAGCGGGCCGGGCCGGCAGGGAGGACUCUGGCUCCUGCUACCGUCUCUACACUGAGCAGGAAUUUGACAACCUCAUCCCUAUGACAGUGCCUGAGAUCCAGAGGUGUAACUUGGCCGGUGUGAUGCUGCAGCUCAUGGCUCUGGGGAUUCCGGAUGUGAUGAAUUUUGAUUUCAUGUCCAAGCCUUCUCCAGAGGCCGUCCGUUCUGCUGUGGAGCACCUAGAGCUGCUGGGAGCUGUGGAGAGGAAGGAGGGGCAGGUCUUCCUCACUGCUCUGGGCAAGAAGAUGGCAAGCUUCCCUCUGGAGCCAAGAUAUGCCAAGACCAUCCUGUUGUCCCCGGACUACUCCUGCUCGGAUGAGAUUUUGAGCAUUGUGUCUCUGCUGUCAGUGGACACUGUACUGUACAACCCUCCGGCCCGGCGGGAAGAGGUGCUGGCUGCUCGUAAGAAGUUCAGCUCCAGCGAAGGAGACCACAUGACACUGCUCAACAUUUACAGGGCGUUCAAGAAAGUCAGUGGUAACAAGGAGUGGUGUCGGGAGAACUUUGUCAACAGCAGGAACAUGGGUCUGGUGAAAGAGGUCCAGGCGCAACUCAAAGAUAUCUGCCUUAAGCUGAAUUUGAAGCUGGGGUCGUGUGGGGCAGACACGGCGAAUGUUCGCCGCUGCCUUGCCCACGGGAUGUUCGUCAACGCAGCGGAGCUACAACCCGACGGCAGCUACUUAGCUCUGGACACCCACCAGCCUGUGGCCAUCCACCCCUCCUCCGUCCUUUUCCAGGCCAAGCCAGCAUAUGUGGUCUUCAAUGAGCUGCUGCACACUUCCCGCUGCUACAUGAGAGACCUGUGUUUGGUGGACGCUGACUGGCUGCUGGAUGCAGCGCCAGAGUACUUCGGCCGCAAACUCCGACCCACCAAGAGCUAACCAACAGAGAAACAGGACUGCAGUAAACCUCUGCAAGGACACCUUCCUCGAAUCUCCCAGUGACAAUAAAACUGGAAAAUGGAUUCUCUCCACAAAGCUGAAUUUGGAUAAAGACACUUAUCGAUUUCAUACAAGUGCGAAUCAGAACAGAAAUUUUUUUCUGUAGUAAACUUCUCUGGAUUUCACUACCUCCCAGUUGACAAGCAUUUGGCAUAUGUCACUGCAGCAGAAAUCUGCACAUUGAGGCCUCACAACUUUGACUUCCUCUAAGACUGUCAUUCAGAUUUGAUUAACUCUGUUCCCUCUGCCUGAUAGUAUUUCAUCUUGCCAUUCGGCCAUCUGUUUAACACUUAAAAAAAAGUGUUUUCAAGGUGUCAUGCAUUAAUUCAUUUGCAUGCAUUUUAACAGCACAGAUAACCUCACAGGAGUUCAGAUAAGCAACGUCUUGGGCUGAUAUGAUUUAUCUAUUCAUCCUUUCCUAAAAAUCGAAUCAGACUCGAUAGAUUGCUACAUAACUCUAUAUAUGUUAAUUUCACAUAAUAUUGUACUUCUACGUAUUCAUUCUUAAGCCACUCACCCAAAAAGACUCAGAUAGUUAUAGUAGACUAGCUAGUGGUUGUUCUUUUCAGCACAUUAUGAAUAAUAGUGAGGAGUUGACUCACUUAUCUCAUUGUGUUCACCUCUGUAAUGUUGGCUUCUCAGAAGCUAAGAAAAGCAGUCUUGUCUUGAGCCUCACCGUGUUGGUUUUGGUUUAUACAAAGUGGUCUUAAAGGGUUUUAUAUAUGCAAGGACAGCACAUUUGUCUAAAUCUAUGAGAUUAUGUAAUUACAAGCAAACGUUGGGUUAAAGUACGAGGUUUUUACGUCACAGUAACAUGAUUUCACUUUGAUAAUUAGUCUACACUCAGCACUCGUCCUGUUAUCUCGUGCAUGCCUUUUUUCAAUCUAUGAUUGUAUCACCAGUUCCUCAAACACAUGCAAAUCAGGAGAAACAGCAUGCCUUAUUCUCCAGCCUCUACGCAGACUAACCACACAUGUAUGCUGACAAAAAAUGUAUGCAAUGCAUGGAGUUUAUAGUUAAUGAUCUGAUCACUCAGGUCUUCCAUACUUUGUAGAAUCAUCACCAUGUGGAGGAAAAGGAUGGAUGCCCCUCUUGUCUUUUUUUUUACACUGGACUCAGGAUUGUAAAAUAUACACUGUUACCUGAAUAAAUAAAUUUACCAGUUUCUAACUUUUAAAAAUACCAAAUAUAUCUGGGGUUGCUGUAGAGAGCAGUCAGACUGUGUUACAGAGAGGUUGUAUGUUCAGUGAUCUCAUACAGAUCAAACUGCCCAUGUGCUUUAUAAGAUUUAUUUUCAGUCACAGAGGAAAAGUAGACCAAUUAAGAGCUGCAUGUUAUGAAGUUUAUAAGAUUAAAUGCAUGUCUUUGA